AGCUCUUCCCUCCCACUGCCUCACCCUCAACCUCUCCCAAUCCAACAUCUGCCAAACCACCUCAAUUCGAUUGGGUGUGCAGCUAGUAGAAGGGAAUCCCACAAACCUUCUCCCAAGCGUCUCUCGUUGACGUUUGUUCUUUCCCCGUCGUUUUUGUUUGUCAAAAAGAUACCACACGCGCGCAAUCCACACAAGGUAGCUUUACAGCACCAAAUAUCUCCUACAAUGUCGAGAUCUAGAAACUCGAUGGCCUUGGGCUUCGGCCUCUUGGCCUGGAUGGCCCUCCUCUUCUCUCCCCUGGCUUUCGUUCAAACCGCUCAAGCCCAGGACGUUGAGAACUACGGCACUGUCAUUGGUAUUGAUCUUGGAACUACCUACUCCUGCGUCGGUGUGAUGCGGAAUGGCAAUGUUGAGAUUCUCGUCAACGACCAGGGUAACCGUAUCACGCCGUCUUACGUCGCUUUCACCGAGGAGGAGAGACUCGUCGGUGACGCCGCCAAGAACCAGGCCGCGGCCAACCCCACCAACACCAUCUUCGAUAUCAAGCGCCUGAUUGGCCAAAAGUUCUCUGAGAAGGCCGUCCAGUCUGACAUCAAGCACUUCCCCUACAAGGUCAUUGAGAAGGAUGGCAAGCCCGUCGUCGAGGUCGAGGUUGCCGGCUCCGCCAAGCGCUUCACCCCCGAGGAGGUUUCCGCCAUGAUCCUCGGAAAGAUGAAGGAGGUCGCCGAGUCCUUCCUUGGCAAGAAGGUCACCCACGCCGUCGUUACCGUCCCCGCCUACUUCAACGACAACCAGCGUCAGGCCACCAAGGAUGCCGGUAUCAUUGCCGGCCUCAACGUUCUCCGUAUUGUCAACGAGCCCACCGCCGCCGCCAUCGCCUACGGUCUCGACAAGACCGACGGCGAGCGCCAGAUCAUCGUCUACGACCUUGGUGGUGGUACGUUCGAUGUUUCCCUGCUCUCCAUUGACCAGGGUGUCUUCGAGGUUUUGGCUACUGCCGGUGACACCCACCUGGGUGGUGAGGACUUCGACCAGCGUAUCAUCAACUUCUUCGCCAAGACCUACAACAAGAAGAACAAUGUCGACAUCACCAAGGACCUCAAGGCCAUGGGCAAGCUCAAGCGCGAGGCGGAGAAGGCCAAGCGUACGCUCUCUUCCCAGAUGUCUACUCGCAUUGAGAUCGAGGCCUUCUUCGAGGGCAAGGACUUCUCUGAGACUCUUACCCGUGCCAAGUUUGAGGAGCUCAACAACGAUCUCUUCAAGAAGACCCUGAAGCCCGUUGAGCAGGUGCUCAAGGACGCCAAGGUCAAGAAGGAGGACGUUGACGACAUUGUCCUCGUCGGUGGCUCCACCCGUAUCCCCAAGGUUGUCAACCUCAUUGAGGAGUACUUCAACGGAAAGAAGGCUUCCAAGGGUAUCAACCCCGAUGAGGCCGUCGCCUUUGGUGCCGCCGUUCAGGCUGGUGUUCUCUCUGGCGAGGAGGGUACUGCGGACAUCGUCCUCAUGGACGUCAACCCCUUGACUUUGGGUAUUGAGACCACGGGAGGUGUCAUGACCAAGCUGAUCCAGCGCAACACCCCCAUUCCUACCCGCAAGAGCCAGAUCUUCUCCACCGCCGCCGACAACCAGCCCGUUGUUCUCAUCCAGGUCUUCGAGGGCGAGCGUUCUCUCACCAAGGACAACAACCUCCUCGGCAAGUUCGAGCUCACUGGCAUUCCCCCCGCGCCCCGUGGCGUCCCCCAGAUCGAGGUUUCCUUCGAGCUGGACGCCAACGGUAUCCUCAAGGUCUCUGCCCACGACAAGGGCACUGGCAAGCAGGAGUCUAUCACCAUCACCAACGACAAGGGUCGUCUUACCCAGGAAGAGAUCGACCGCAUGGUCGCCGAGGCUGAGAAGUACGCCGAGGAGGACAAGGCUACCCGUGAGCGCAUUGAGGCUCGCAACGGUCUUGAGAACUACGCCUUCUCCCUCAAGAACCAGGCCAACGACGAGGAGGGUCUCGGUGGCAAGAUUGACGACGAGGACAAGGAGACUAUCCUCGAGGCUGUCAAGGAGACCACCGACUGGCUUGAGGAGAACGGCGCCACUGCCAGCACCGAGGACUUCGAGGAGCAGAAGGAGAAGCUGUCCAACGUCGCCUACCCCAUCACCUCCAAGAUGUACCAGGGCGCCGGUGACGCUGGUGGCGAGGACGAGCCCCCCAGCCACGACGAGCUCUAAAUUCAUAGAUUUGUUGUUGUUGCUUCGUUCUGGUUUAAAAAGAGACAGUACCCCAAGAUUCCAUCAUGAAAUUUUCGUCUCUGGUGUUGGCGGGUUAAUCGGCGUCGGCAGCAUGGAGCAUGACUCUGCCACUGUACACUAAACGCAUAAAUGAGACCUCUUGAACACU